GGGGCGGCGGCGCGAGCGGCGGCGGCGGUUCCAGCAUGAAGAGGAGAGCUGGCCUGGGGGGCAGCAUGAGGUCAGUGGUGGGCUUCUUGUCCCAGCGGGGCUUGCAUGGGGACCCCCUGCUCACUCAGGACUUUCAGAGGAGACGCCUGCGGGGCUGCAGAAACCUCUACAAGAAGGACCUCCUCGGCCACUUCGGCUGUGUCAAUGCCAUUGAAUUCUCCAACAAUGGAGGCCAGUGGCUGGUCUCAGGAGGCGAUGACCGCCGGGUUUUAUUGUGGCACAUGGAACAAGCCAUCCACUCCAGGGUCAAGCCCAUACAGCUGAAAGGAGAGCACCAUUCCAACAUUUUUUGCUUGGCUUUCAACAGUGGGAACACCAAAGUUUUUUCUGGAGGAAAUGAUGAACAAGUUAUCCUCCAUGAUGUUGAAAGCAGCGAGACCUUGGAUGUAUUUGCUCAUGAAGAUGCAGUAUAUGGCUUGUCGGUGAGCCCAGUAAAUGACAACAUUUUUGCCAGCUCUUCAGAUGAUGGCCGAGUUCUCAUUUGGGACAUCCGGGAGUCUCCUCAUGGAGAGCCUUUCUGCCUGGCAAACUAUCCUUCAGCCUUUCAUAGUGUCAUGUUUAACCCUGUAGAGCCCAGGUUAUUGGCCACAGCCAAUUCAAAGGAAGGAGUAGGACUUUGGGAUAUUCGAAAACCUCAGAGUUCUCUCCUGCGCUAUGGUGGCAAUCUAUCCCUCCAAAGUGCCAUGAGUGUGCGAUUCAACAGCAAUGGGACCCAGCUCCUGGCCCUGAGGCGUCGUCUGCCUCCUGUGUUGUAUGAUAUCCACUCCCGCCUGCCUGUUUUCCAGUUUGACAAUCAGGGUUAUUUCAACUCAUGCACUAUGAAAAGCUGUUGCUUUGCAGGAGAUCGUGACCAGUAUAUCCUUUCAGGCUCUGAUGACUUCAACCUGUACAUGUGGAGAAUCCCUGCAGACCCAGAAGCAGGUGGCAUUGGCAGGGUGGUCAAUGGAGCCUUCAUGGUGCUGAAAGGGCAUCGAUCUAUUGUUAACCAAGUCCGAUUUAAUCCCCACACCUACAUGAUCUGCUCCUCUGGUGUAGAAAAGAUUAUCAAGAUCUGGAGCCCAUACAAACAGCCAGGAUGUACCGGAGACCUCGAUGGCUGCAUUGAGGAUGAUUCCCGCUGCCUUUACACCCAUGAAGAGUACAUCAGCCUAGUGCUCAACAGUGGGAGUGGCCUGUCCCAUGACUACGCCAAUCAGUCUGUCCAGGAGGACCCCCGGAUGAUGGCAUUCUUUGACUCCCUGGUCCGCCGAGAGAUCGAGGGCUGGAGCUCAGACUCGGACAGUGACCUCAGCGAGAGCACCAUCCUCCAGCUGCACGCGGGGGUCAGCGAGCGCUCGGGCUACACUGAUUCGGAAUCCUCAGCUUCUCUACCCCGCUCCCCACCCCCCACGGUGGAUGAGGCCGACAGCGCCUUCCACCUGGGGCCCCUGCGUGUUACCGCCACACCUGCAGUGGCACCCACCCCACCAGCGCCCACCUGUGAGGACGCAGCCUCUCGGCAGCAGCGCCUCUCAGCUCUUCGGCGUUACCAGGACAAACGCCUCCUAGCCCUGUCCAAUGAGUCAGAUUCAGAGGAGAACGCCUGUGAAGUCGAGCUGGACACAGACCUCUUCCCCCGGCCUCGCUCACCUAGCCCUGAGGAUGAGUCCAGCAGCUCCAGCAGCUCCAGCAGCUCUGAAGAUGAGGAGGAGCUAAAUGAGCGCCGCACUUCCACUAGGCAGCGGAAUGCUGCACGGAGGAGGCAGAAGACACUUCGGGAGGAGAGGCCCGGUGCACCCACCAAGCCCACCAGCACCUACAUUGGUGAGGACAACUGCGACUACCCACAGAUCAAAGUGGACGACCUUUCCUCCUCCCCGGCCUCCUCCCCUGAGCGGAGCACUUCUGCCCUGGAGAUUCAGCCAAGCCGGGCAUCACCAACCUCGGACAUAGAAUCAGUUGAGCGAAAGAUUUAUAAAGCUUAUAAGUGGCUCCGUUACUCCUACAUCUCCUACUCAAAUAACAAAGAUGGAGAGGCCUCCCUAGUGGCAGGGGAGGCGGAUGAAGGGAGAGCAGGAACCAGCCACAAGGACAACCCUGCCCCUUCUUCUAGUAAGGAAGCCUCUCUGAACACAGCCUUGGCCCAGAGGAAUCAAGACCUGCCUCCGGAAGGCUGCAGCAAAGAUGCGUGUAAAGAAGGGACAUCCACUAGAAAUCCCAGCAGUGGCUCAGGCCACGAGCAUAGCAGCCACCCUCGGGCAGAGGCACCAGAGGGCACCUCCCAGGACACUAACAAUGGUGGCUCUGUAGAACACUCUUUUGAAACAAAGAAGCUCAAUGGAAAGGCCCUGGGCAAGGUCCUGAGCAGCCGGGCUGAAGAGCCACCCUCUCCCCCUGUCCCCAAGGCAUCUGGCUCCACUCUCGGCACUGGAUCUGGCAACUGUUCUAGGACCCAGUCUGAUGACAGCGAGGAGAGGAGCCUAGAAACCAUCUGUGCCAACCAUAACAAUGGACGCUUACACCCCCGGCCCCUUCACUCCCAUAACAAUGGGCAGAACUUAGGGGAGCUGGAGGCAGUAGCCUGCUCUUCCCCAGGACACUCAGACGCUGACCAUGAUAACUUGCCCCUGACAGGGGCUGUCUUACACAAAGAUUGUUGUGGGUCUGAAAUGACCUGUGAAACCCCCAAUGCUGGAACGAGAGAGGACCCCACUGACACCUCAGCCACAGACAGCAGCAGAGCUGUUCAUGGCCACAGUGGUCUCAAAAGGCACCGAGUUGAGUUGGAUGACACAGAUUCAGAGAAUUGCUCCUCAGAGAAGAAAUUAAAAACAUGAUAAAUACAAAGGGAAAACAAAAAGCUACAAAAAGUAGCCUUCAAAAAAUAUUCUUGUUUCGUGAACACAGCAGAAAGGAAAAAAGUAUUAAAGGCACAUAAAACCAGGGCCUGAAAUUUUGUGUCUGCUGCUGCUCCCUUCUAUUCAAUAUUCAACCUUGGGUCUGAAUGUCCAGCUGGCCAUUGGCCUGUGCUGUGUUUGGAAUGAGGAAAGGUCCAAGUAACUCCUUUCUGGUGAGACAAGAGCAUAGUGCCCCUGUGCAAGGGUCUCUGAAAGUUAUUGCUGAGACCUUAGACUUGUUCUCGUGUGCAUGCGUGCGUGUGUGUGUGUGUGUGUGUGUGUGUGCGUGUGUGUGUGCACGCACACUGGCACUGCGAGCUCACUGUCUCAUGAGACUUUUCUUUUUGUUGUCUAUCAGCAAGGACCUGUGAGUCUGUAGUUUUUGACAUCUUACCCUGUUCGCAUGUUGUAGCUGUUCAGGUCUUAAGGAGGAGUGCAUGAUAGAUCAGAUUGUGCAGCCAUUAAGUUGUAGGUUUAUAUCUCGAGAAUAUAAACAAGCCUUCAGCCUUUGGCUCAGCUGGAGAGGAAAUCAUGGUCCCUUUCUUAAACCUGCCAUGUUUUGUCUAACACUUCUUCAUUGAGCAUAUAAUACGGAGAUACUAAAAGUGAAGCAUUUUCAAUGCUGGCAAGCAGCACUUCAGAUUCAAGAGCAUAUAGAUGGCUGAUGAAUUUCAUUGUUUGCAAGUUGAGCAGUGUUGUAAUAUGUCAAAUUAUGACUAGUCAUGAAUAACAUGCUUUAACCAGUUAGGUGCUAGUUUCAAAGACACACUCAAAAGGUCAGGUGCUUCCUUGGCUCUGACUGAUGGUGACUAGGCCUACUAAAGAAGGGGGGUAAGACAGCUCUGCAGAGCUUUGUGUCCAGACUACUAAAGUGGGUGUUAGAGGUGUGUUAAUGAAGAAGUGUAGUAAAGACCAGAAUGUGGUAUUAUAUUCUUUUAAUUCAACCCCAAACCAUUGGGCAGAAUUGGUGGGACUAGAGUCUUCCCUCAGGCUUGCAGUUGACAGAGGCUGUGGUAUUCUAAUUGAACUUUGCAGAGCAGUAGGCAUCUCUUAAAGUGACAGAUUCCUAUUGAGUAAGAGACAGAGAGUGUGGGAAGAGGAGUCUUUGGUUUAACUCCUGGCUCCCAAAAGAAGUUCAGUUCUUUUGAAGUAGGUAAUGUUUGAGGGGGAAAAGGCCAAAAAAGAUUUUCAGCUUUGUGAUGGUGGUGGUUACAGUCACUCAGUUAUCAAUGAAGGGUUGUAUAAGACAGGAAGACCUAAUAAGAAUGGUCAGAUGUCUUAUUGGCACAAACAUCAAGAAAUCCAGAAUAGUGGUGAAGAGAGAAAACAAUAUACUUUUCUUGAGUGCAAAGGUGCUAGGCAACUAGGAGCUUUAUAAAAGAACAGGAGUUGUUGUAAGCCAA